AUGACUUCUUAUGAAAGCUUAGACAGAGAUAGUGAAGAUGGAGCAGGUAUUCGCAUGUACAUUGGUACGUAUGAAGGACAUAGAAACGAGAAAUAUGAACGCCAUGGGUAUGGUUACGCUUUGCUACCAAACGGCGAUGAAUAUGAAGGCGAAUAUGUAAAUGGAAAGAGACAUGGCAAGGGGAAAUACGUGUUUGCCAGUAAACAGGCAAGGUAAUAAACUUUUUUUACUGCUUUUUUAUACUGCUGCUUGAGAAAUUUUUGCAAUUUGAUUGGCUUUGAGCCGUGGUAUUUCUGCUUAAUUUGAAGUACUUACAUGUGAAAAUUACAAAUCUUUUGCGGGAAGUAGAAAAGAAAAAAUGAAGGCAUGAUUUGUACGUGAUAUUUGGCAUAAAUACCACUCGUGAUAUUUAAAAAUUGUCUCAAAUCUCACUCCCUCAUUGGCUCGUGAAAUUAAAUAUAAUAAUUUUGAAAUAUCACUCGUGGUAUUUAUGCCAAAUAUUACUACAAAAAUGAAUCAUGCUGUCACCUAUACAAACAAAACGGCUAUUAUGGCGGAUAUUUUGAGUUUGAUAAUUCUUCUAUAGCGAUUAUUAAAAGCAAACGAAAGUACUAGCCAGGUCUGAAACAGAGAAAAGUAUAUGUGUAUAUAUAAUUUGAAGCAAGGAUGAAACUAGAUCACAAAAGAUGCAGUGUAAUCUCUGCUUUUCUCCUAUUGAAAAUUUGCUCUUCACUAUACACUGAAGUGCUGAAAAAUCAGUAUCUAUCAAGUUUAACAUGGGAAAUUGAAUUUUGCAAUCGAUCCCGAUAACUCGAAACCUCGCUAACUUGAACUGCUUUUCGUUUCCCUUCAGAGUUCGAGUUACCGGGGUUCUACUGAAUGUAUAAAAAAUCAUAAACAACUCUUACCAGUUUGAAAUUACGUAAAAAAACUUGAAUUUCCAUUACAACUCCUUGCGGUUACAUCUAGUGAUCUGUCCAGUACUAUAGUUCACCGACAUGUUAUUUGGCUUGAUUUUGCUGCAAGUUUGUUUUAUAUUCAAACGCGCUUUCAAACCAAAUAACUAACCAAUUAUAUUACAGAAAACACAGCUCUCUGGGGGCACGUUUUUACAGCACGUGUUUUCUCAAGUCCAAAAAUUCUUGUUGACUUCACCCUUAAAUUUCUAUCAAAGUAAAGCAGUGCUCUUACCUUUUGUAUAAUCGCUUGAUAAAAAUCAAAAUUUCCCGCCGAAGGAAAUGUUCUUUCUUUUCUUUUUGGCCGUUUUGUUUUUGUUUUCUUUGCCGUUGUUGUUGUUGUUGUUUUUUUAGACCAUAUUUUACCUAUUGGCUAGUUUCAGUUUAUUCAUAGUGCGUCGCUCCAUCACAGCCUCGCGAGGUGUUGCGAUAAACGUAUAAUUUUCUAGUUUAUUUCUUAGGUACGAAGGACAAUAUGUCAACAAUCAGAGACAUGGUCAAGGAACAUUCUGGUACCCUAAUGGGUCAGUGUAUGAUGGAGACUGGACCGAGGGACAGAGGAAUGGUUAUGGUGUAUACAUAUAUGCUAAUGGCGAUAAGUACCUGGGGAUGUGGAAAGAAGAUCGGCGACAUGGGCAAGGGGAAUACAUCUACAAGGGCCACAGGCUUAAAUACAAAGGUAAGUCCGUGAUCCCCGGCUAG